ACGUCUAAGAUGUCUCAAGAGAUGGGAGAACUCACUCAAACCAGGUUACAGAAGAUCUGGAUUCCACACAGCAGCAGCAGGCUUCAACAGCGAAGGGGCUCAUCCGUACCACAGUUCACCAAUUCCCCUACAAUGAUGAUCAUGGUGGGUUUACCAGCUCGAGGCAAGACCUACAUCUCAACGAAGCUCACACGAUAUCUCAACUGGAUAGGAACACCAACUAAAGUGUUUAAUUUAGGCCAGUAUCGACGAGAGGCAGUGAGCUACAGGAACUAUGAAUUCUUUCUCCCAGACAACAUGGAGGCUCAACUUAUCAGGAAGCAGUGUGCUCUGGCAGCCCUAAAGGACGUCCAUAAAUAUCUUAGCUGUGAGGAAGGUCACGUUGCGGUUUUUGAUGCCACCAACACUACCAGAGAACGACGAUCAUUGAUUCUGCAGUUUGCUAAAGAACAUGGUUACAAGGUCUUUUUUAUUGAGUCUAUUUGUAAUGACCCUGACGUCAUUGCAGAAAACAUCAAGCAAGUGAAACUUGGCAGCCCUGAUUACAUAGACUGUGACAAAGAAAAGGUUUUGGAAGACUUUCUUAAGAGAAUUGAGUGCUAUGAGAUUAACUACCAACCUUUGGAUGAAGAAUUGGACAGCCACCUAUCCUACAUCAAGAUCUUCGACGUGGGCACACGCUACAUGGUAAAUCGAGUGCAGGACCAUGUUCAGAGCCGCACAGCCUACUACCUCAUGAACAUCCAUGUCACUCCCCGAUCCAUCUACCUAUGCCGGCAUGGUGAGAGUGAGCUCAACCUCAGGGGCCGCAUUGGAGGUGACUCUGGCCUCUCAUCUCGGGGCAAGCAGUAUGCCUUUGCCCUGGCCAACUUCAUUCAGUCUCAAGGCAUCAGCAACCUGAAGGUGUGGACCAGUCAUAUGAAGAGGACCAUUCAGACUGCUGAGGCCCUAGGUGUCCCCUAUGAACAGUGGAAAGCCCUUAAUGAGAUUGAUGCGGGUGUCUGUGAGGAGAUGACCUAUGAAGAAAUCCAGGAACACUACCCUGAAGAAUUUGCACUACGGGAUCAGGAUAAAUAUCGUUACCGCUAUCCCAAGGGAGAGUCCUAUGAGGAUCUGGUUCAGCGUCUUGAGCCAGUUAUAAUGGAGCUAGAACGACAAGAAAAUGUACUGGUAAUCUGUCACCAGGCUGUCAUGCGGUGCCUCCUGGCAUACUUCCUGGAUAAAAGUUCAGAUGAGCUGCCCUAUCUCAAGUGUCCUCUGCACACAGUGCUCAAACUCACACCUGUGGCUUAUGGCUGCAGAAUAGAGUCCAUCUACCUGAAUGUGGAGGCUGUGAACACACACCGGGACAAGCCUGAGGACAGGAAGAUACUAUAAGGCUUCUCCCAUUGUUCUCAAGAUCUUGGUUCUGACCCAACUCUGGUGCUGUUGAAGAAUGGGUGAGGACAUCUGAGAUCGAAGAGUCCUGGGGUAGCACUCUCAAACAUGGACAAGAUAGGUCCUGUGAGUUCCUGUUAGUUUUGUUCCUUGGUAGUCAAGGUACAUGAGGACAGGAUGUAUUCAUUGUUAUACUCAAGAAGAAUUCAGUACCUGGGCUAAAAGCUUCAGUCUCCAACUCUUGCUACUGUCCUGAGUAAUUAAUUUCAUUGCCUAUGUUAAUGAUACCAUCAAUACCCUCCCUCCCAGGGAUGUGACUCCCUCAACUUAGUGAUUAUCUGUUUUCAUUUGUGGCAUCCUCUCUCUGGGCUAACUUAUUGACUAGAAGCUUACCGUUCAUUCAAGUCUAUAAAAUUUUAUCAUCCGUGAGACUUGAGCAGUAUGCCUCUACACCACAGGCAUUCAUGUAGUAUUUCCUAAAUGAACAAUAUCUGCCCUUGUUCAUCAGUAUGUUCCUUUUGAGGCCUCUAUUUUCUCCUAGUUCUUUAGUUCUCAAUAUUCUUCUAUCUCUAACCAACUUGGACCUACCUCUUCAGGCACAAUGCAUACACUAACCAUUGUGAGCCAGGUGCUAGUGUCCAUGUGAUAAAGAGACUCAUAACUUUGCUGCUUUGUUUCCUAGUCCUUUCAGCACAACCACCCAGUUAGAUCCAAGCCUUGAAUCAUCCAUACCUUUUUUCUGGGAUCUACUAGGGUUGGAGAUCACUGCUUGAAACAGAUCUAUUUUUCUACUUCCACAGCUACCCUUGAAUCCUGUUCAAAGUCAGGGUCACCCUGUAUUUUCUGGCACCUUGUCCCUUUCCACUGUCUCAUACUACUUCAGUCAAUUCCAGACUCUUUCAUAUCAAUCCUCUACCUCUCAUUUGACUUUGGUCCUACAGUCCAUACUUAUUUUUCUUUCCUAUCCCAAGAGAAUGUCCUCUUGCUCCCAUGUCAACUCCUAGUUCCUUUCCUUCUUAUCCCUCUAUUCUUACACAGUUGCCCCAAGUUAGUGUGAAUUUACUAUCCACAGCUCUUUCUGUUUGCAUUCUAUCUUAGGCUUCCCCCUUUCAUAUCUGCUCAAGCACACUUUCCCAGAGCUCUCCGACCCUUAGAAAUAUCUGCUUUUUAGCUGGAUCCCUACAGUCCCCAAAAAGCUAAGCUUAACUCUAGUUGUUCUACAAACCCCAGACAUCGCAUCUAGCCAUAUUAAAAGAUGGAAUAAACUCAGA